AUGGCCAGAGCAAGGGCAAGAGGCCUGCCGUCUCCCGGCACACUGUCACCAGUCCAGAAAACCCUGUGCAAGCUCAAGGAACCUCCAUGGUUGGGACGAGAGGGCACACCCUUGGUCAAACCCAAGCUGUCGUCUAACCCGGUAAGGGGAAUAAUGCACAGAAAUCUCCAAGUGGUCAUCACCGAAUGUGGGCAGAGGGAGGCAUGCGGCACUCAACAAUGCCUCUCUGCGUAA